AUGGCCUGCAUUGGUUGCAAAGACUUAAUCAAAAGAUCCAUUUUGUAUACAAAAAAUCGUGACUCUUUGUGCAAAAAAUGCCAGAAAGCAGAAUCUGAUCAAUCAGUGGCUGUUGAAGUUAUUGAGCCAGAAGAAAAGAGAGCAGUACGAGAUUUCGUUCCUGAAGCUUGGAAAUAUAUUGGGAGAUUGAGAAGAUAUGGAAAACUUAUAUCAAUGGAAAUUGGAAGCAAAACUUAUGACUGAGUACAAAGAAAAGGGAGAUCGAAAUUCAAAUUAGACCAAAAAUUGACCCAGCUAUUUAAAAAUUCAAACGAUAAAGAUAAAAUAGGUCUUGCAAAGGUUACGAAGUUAUGCUAUCAUAGGGAUUAUGAUUUGGAGCAGAUUAAUACACUUUUAAGACCCAUGGGCUAUCCAUAUGAUGCGUUGGCUGAAUUAUUUCAAAGUUAUUAUGAUAAUCACAUCAAAAGCUAUCUUAAUGGAGAAGUUAUAAAUUAA